CCGAACAGUAUGCCCCUGUUAAAAUAGUCAAUAAGAAGUAUUCUUGAUAAGAGGAUACAGAUACAGGUAUAGGAAAGUGAAAGACCAUGUCUAUGUCCAAAGUUGCACUGGUCACCGCUGCAAGCAGUGGUCUCGGUGCAGCUAUUGCUCGCAUGCUAGCCGUCGACCUAGGAAUGAACGUCGUGAUCAACUUCAACAGCAACGAAUCUCGCGCCAAAAGACUAGUCCGAAGGCUACAAUCCGAAUGCGAAGAAACGCACGCAGGCUCAAACAUCUCCAUACAGGCCAUUCAAGCAGAUACGUGUGACAAGCUGCAGAUCAAAUCACUUGUGAACGAGGCAGCAUCGAGGUUUGGGGGUCGUCUAGAUGUUGUUAUAUCCAAUGUUGGUUGGACAAGGAUGCGCCAGUUCUCGGACCUUGACGAUAACGUUGACGAGGACGACUGGGACCGCUGCUAUGUUGCCAAUGUGAAGAGUCACCUGUGGCUUUUUCAUGCAGCGAGGCGGUAUCUCGAGGAAAGCAACGAGCGAGAAGCUGGAGUGCCCGUUUUUGUGUCUACAGCUAGCUUGGCAGGGGUGAUUCCCAGCGGAAGUAGUUUGCCGUAUGCUGUUACAAAAGCUGCCCAGAUCCACCUCGGCAAUUGUCUUGCCAAAAUAGCUGCGCCGUCAAUCAGGGUGAACACCAUUUCUCCAGGCAUAUUACUUACGGAAUGGGGUCUAUCUUUUCCCGCAGAUCGACUUGAAGUUGCUCGCAACACGAAUAAGUUGGGGCGUUUUGCGACGGUUGAAGAUGUUGCAGAGCAAGUCAAAGCUUUUGUCGUGUCGAAGUCAGUAACUGGACAGAACGGGGUCAUCGAUGCAGGCUUUGGCUUAUGAGAAGGCAUUCAUUUGCUUGCCGGAGAAGAUAGAACUCCAAGUUCCCUCAAACGACGUGGUUGUGGACUUACUGGAAUAAUGGAGAAGCACUUGCAUAUUCUUCGUCACGUUGACAUUAAAAUGUAUGCAUUAUG